AUGGUCAACGAGCUCCUAGAAAAUGCUACCGAGAAGACUCGGCAUGGAGCCUUCAUGCAUCACUUCAAUACGUACGGUAUCGAUCAGGACACUAUCUUCGGAGCGAUCCAAGCGGUUGAACAGACGAUUGUGACACCUUAUGAGAUGGCUUCUACGAAUUGA